CUCAGCUCUUUCUGUGUGUGACUUGCAGAUCUUCAUCUCAGAGCCCUCACCUGAACGUGAUCUGCAUUCCAGUUCCAGCCCUGCCAUUUCUUUUUCUUGCCCGACUCCCACCUCAGGUGCCUGUUGAAGGCCCUUGCCUAAACCAUGUUGGUGACCACCUUUUGGUUCUCUCCCUCUGCGCUCUUAACACUGCAGUCAGUAUUAAUUUUAAAGACCCGCAGUUUGCUGAAGAUUACAUUUUUAAAGCCAUAAUGCUUCCAGGAGCAAGAAAACCAGCACCAGUACUGAAACCUAGUGACUGGGAAAAAUCCAGCAACGGGCGGCAGUGGAAACCCCAGCUGGGCUUUAAUCGGGACCGGCGGCCUGUCCACCUGGAUCAGGCAGCGUUCAGGACUUUGGGCCACGUUAUGCCGAGAGGCUCAGGAGCUGGCGUUUACAGCAAUGCUGCACCACCACCUGCACCUUAUCAGGGAAACUUAUACAGGCCGCUGUUGAGAGGACAGGCCCAGAUUCCAAAACUUAUGUCAAAUAUGAGGCCCCAGGAUUCCUGGCGAGGUCCUCCUCCCCUUUUCCAGCCACAAAGAUUUGACAGAGGCGUUGGGGCUGAACCUCUGCUGCCGUGGAACCGGAUGCUCCAAACCCAAAACACAGCCUUCCAGCCAAACCAGUACCAGAUGCUAGCUGGACCCGGAGGGUAUCCACCCAGACGCGAUGAUCGUGGAGGGAGACAGGGAUAUCCCAGAGAAGGAAGGAAAUACCCUUUGCCACCACCUUCAGGAAGAUACAGUUGGAAUUAGGCUUUUGUAAAAGCUUUCCCAAAUCCUUUCAUCAUUCUACAAUUUUAUGCUAUUUGUGGAAAGAUUUCUUCCUCAAAUAGUAGUUUUUAAUAAAACUACAGUACUUUGUGUAUUUCUUUUAACUGUGUAUAUUUCUACUAAUCUGAUCUCACUGUUUUAUGUUGCUUUCCAAAGAUGUGUUGCAUAAUACAGUGGAUCUGAAUUUAUUAUUGCUUGUAAAACACAUUUGAUGGAAUAGGGAUACUGGUUUUUCAUUAUGGUUAAAAAUAAAACCAGCUGUGGAUUUCAAAACACAGUGUAUUCUAGAUCAUCUAAGAUCCAUGCUGAUUUUUAAUGCACAAGAAUUAGGUAUGAACUCUUGAGCUGGAACCCUCAGCCAACUAGAGUAUAUAUUGUUCAGUAUUUCUUUGGAAACAUUUCAUUAAUGUACUUGUCUUAUAGAAAUUUCUGGACUUUGGUAAAAAAAAAAA